UCCCUCGCCUCGACGUGGGAGGAGUAGGGGGGCGGCAGUAGCAGCAGGUGCUGGGCGGGACAGGGAGAGCUGCCCCCUCGGCAGAAGCCGGCCGGCUGCCCCCUCCCCGCCCUGCCCAACCGAGGCUGCUGCUGCCGCCGCCGCCGGAGCGCAGCUGGGGCGCCUGGCCAUGGAGAGCCGCACCUGGCGCGCCGCGCAGCCCCGACCUGCCGCCUCCUGCCUCGCCAGCGCAGCCCGCCGCCGCCCCUCUCGACGAGGCACCUUUUAGCCGCUGGGCGUCCCUCUCCCGCAGCAGCCAAGCGAAGGAGGGCUCCGCUCAUUCCUGCCAUGCCUGCGCUUUAGGCUGCCGCUCCGGGGCAUGCGGCUCUCGGCCACCCUGGCAGCGCGCUCCGCUUCCCUCUCCAAAACAGGAGCCAGGCGCCCGGCGUCCGGGCUGCUCCGUCGCUAGGGGUGCUUUGCGGAGCUCCGCUUGGCGGGAGAGGAGGAUGCCGUCCGGCAGCCUGGCGGGGCUGUGGCUUUGGCUGCUCUUCCAAGCGCAGCUCCAGGGUGCACUUGUGACAUGUGCAGCUCAAGCAGCCGCUGGGAGCUCAGAUCUCCUUUCCUCUUUGCACUCGGAGUUGUUGAAGUUCACAGACAACAGUGAAUAUGAUAUUGUGACAGCAUAUGAAGUAGACCAAAAUGGGGCUUAUGUAAGUCAUGAAGUUGCACACCAUGAAAGGAGGAAGAGAGAAGCACCGGAGGGAGAAACCGACUCGCUGCACCUCCAUUUCCAUGGAUUUGGCCACGACUUCCAGCUUGACCUGAAGACUUCAGAUUUUCUCGUGGCACCUGGAUUUACAAUACAGACCCUGGGCAAGGGGAGAACCAAGUCAAUACACACAUACCCAGCAGAAGACUUUUGCUUUUAUCAAGGUGUCUUGCGAUUGCACAAAAACUCAUCUGUAGCACUUUCAACAUGUGGAGGCUUGUCUGGCUUGAUAAGGACGCAGGAAACUGAUUACUUGCUGAAACCACUACCUCCAAAUAUUGCACUUAAACACAACUUCUCUGCUCCUCACGGUCACCGCCCUCACGUACUGUAUAAGAGAUCUACUGAGCCUCAGCUGGCAUUUGAUAAUGAGGUAACUGUGAAUGAUGAAAGGCAAAGGGAAGUGGAUGCUCACAAUCAUGUUUUUCAAGAGACCCACCAUCAUCGCAAUUCUGAGCGGCGGCAAAAACGGCACUUUUGUGGGAGGCGCAAGAAAUAUAUGCCCCAGCCUCCAGAUGGAGACACUUAUAUCCUGCCAGAUGAAUAUAGAUAUCUACUGCGAAGCAAACGAUCUCUUAUGAAGGCUCACAAGAGCAAAGAGCUGAAUGUUGAGACCUUGGUGGUGGUUGACAAAAAGAUGAUGCAAAACCAUGGCCAUGACAAUAUCACUACGUACGUCCUGACUAUACUCAAUAUGGUUUCUGCUUUGUUCAGAGACAGAACCAUUGGAGGAAAUAUUAAUAUCGCAGUUGUUGGCUUGAUACUUUUGGAAGAAGAACAGCCAGGGCUCGUGAUCAAUCACCACGCUGACCAUACCCUGAGUAGUUUUUGUCAGUGGCAAUCCGGGCUGAUGGGGAAGGAUGGGAGCCGCCAUGACCAUGCAAUUUUGCUUACCGGCCUAGAUAUAUGUUCCUGGAAGAACGAGCCAUGUGAUACGUUAGGAUUUGCUCCAAUAAAUGGAAUGUGCAGUAAAUAUCGCAGCUGCACAGUUAAUGAAGAUACUGGUCUCGGUCUGGCAUUUACUAUUGCUCAUGAGUCUGGACACAACUUUGGCAUGAUCCAUGAUGGAGAGGGAAAUAUUUGCAAAAAGUCUGAAGGUAACAUCAUGUCACCCACACUGGCAGGACACAAUGGGGUCUUCUCCUGGUCAGCUUGUAGCCGUCAGUAUCUCUACAAAUUUCUAAGCUCUGCUCAGUCCUUGUGCCUUGCUGAUCAGCCUAAGCCCGUGCAUGAGUACAAAUAUCCCGAGAAGCUACCAGGGGAGCUGUAUGAUGCUGCCACGCAGUGCAAAUGGCAGUUCGGUGAGAAAGCCAAGCUGUGCAUGAUGGACUUCAAAAAAGAUAUUUGCAAAGCAUUGUGGUGCCAUCGGAUCGGCAGAAAAUGUGAAACCAAAUUCAUGCCCGCUGCAGAAGGUACAACGUGUGGAUAUGACAUGUGGUGCCGUGGAGGGCAGUGUGUCAAGUAUGGUGAUGAAGGGCCCAUGCCAACUCACGGACAGUGGUCAGAGUGGUCCCGGUGGUCAUCGUGUUCCAGAACCUGCGGAGGAGGCAUAUCUCACCGAGAGCGAAAUUGUACGAAUCCAAGACCGUCGCAUGGAGGAAAGUUCUGCGAGGGUUCCUCUCGGAUGUUGAAACUCUGCAACAGUCAGAAGUGCCCAAAGAACAGCAUUGGCUUCAGAGCAGCCCAGUGUGCAGAAUUCAACAGCAAGCGGUUCAGAGGAUGGAACUACAAGUGGAAGCCUUACACUCAAGUAGCAGAUCAAGACUUGUGCAAGCUGUACUGUAUUGCAGAAGGCUUUGAUUUCUUCUUUUCUCUGUCGAACAAAGUAAAAGACGGGACACCCUGCUUGGAAGAUAGCCCUAAUGUCUGUAUAGAUGGGAUUUGUGAGGUGGUUGGCUGUGAUCACGUCCUAGGCUCCAGUUCUGUGGAAGAUGCUUGUGGAGUGUGCAAAGGAGACAAUUCAAGCUGUAUAAUAUAUAAGGGGCAGUACACAAAAUACCACCCUACGAACCAGUACUACAACUUAGUUACUAUCCCUGCUGGAGCACGAAGCAUCCGUGUGUAUGAAAUGAACACCUCCAGCUCCUACAUUGCUGUUCGGAGUUCCAGUAAAAAAUACCACCUCAAUGGCUACUGGACCGUUGACUGGCCAGGGAGAUACACGUUUGCUGGGUCUGUUUUUGACUACCGAAGGCCACCUAACCAGCCAGAGACAUUAACUACUCCUGGGCCGACAAAUGAAAGUGUGGUAAUAGAGCUUCUCUCUCAAGGCAAAAACCUAGGAAUUGGCUGGGAAUAUUCCCUUCCCAAGGCAGAAAGUGAAAAAAUGACAGCACUGAAGCCUAACUAUACAUGGGCCGUCACCCAUUCCGAAUGCUCCGUCUCGUGUGGAGGAGGUCAAAUGGUCACAAAAGCAAGUUGCUACAAAGACGGGCAGGUACAGGUGGAUCCUUCUUUCUGUAACCCCAAGACUCAACCAGCUCCUGGAAUUGUUCCUUGCAAAAUGGCAGCUUGCCCUCCCAGCUGGUCUGUCGGCAACUGGAGCGAGUGCAGCUUGACGUGUGGAGCAGGCGAGAGGUACCGCUACGUUCGUUGCAUGCAGAGAGUUCACUACAAGCCAGAAUGGGUUACGGAUUCUCUUUGUCAAUUCCCGGCCCCAGCCAACAGGGAACUCUGCAACAAACAAAACUGCCCACCGACCUGGAGUGCUGGGUCCUGGUCUGAGUGCUCUCGAACUUGUGGGAAAGGCUGGAGGAAAAGAAUGGUUUUGUGCAAAAGCUCCAGUUCUACUCCCUGGGCUCAGGUUCUGUCUGAUGCUGCCUGUACCUCAGAACUGAAACCAAAGAUGCAGGAAGCCUGCCUCCUGAAGCGAUGCCACAAACACAAGAAGAUCCAGUGGUUUGUGUCCACGUGGACCGAGUGCUCUGUGACAUGUGGAAAGGGAGUGCAGAGGAGGACACUGAACUGUGCAGAAAAAUACGUUUCUGGAAAAUACAGAGAACUUGCGCCUAAGAAGUGUUCCCACCUUCAGAAACCCAACAUAGACCUGGAAAAAGCCUGCAUCCUAAACCCAUGUCCCAGGCACUCUGCUUAUUCACCAGUAAGUCAAGGCAGCUGGUUUUCCUCUUCUUGGUCUCAGUGCACAACAACCUGUGGAGGAGGCAUGCAAGUCAGGUCAGUUCAGUGUCUAGCCAAUGGAAGGUCAGCCAGUGGAUGUCUGCUGCACCAGAAGCCGGUCACCUCGCAGGCCUGUAACACCAACUUCUGCCCUCUUCCUGAAAAGAAAGAUACCUUCUGUAAGGAUUACUUUAACUGGUGCCACUUGGUUCCCCAGCACGGCGUUUGCAACCAUAGUUUCUACGGGAAGCAAUGCUGCAGGUCUUGUGUAAACUCAAAUUUGUAAGGGAGACUUGCUCCUCAGGCAAAAAGCGUAGCUUUUGAGCGCAAACCUUGCUGCGCCUUCAAACCCUGAACUGUGAUUGUCGAACACAUUGUUUCUCAAGAGUGACUUCAAUUUGCUCUGAAGCCUUUAAUUAUUCAAUGAGCCUGGACACAAAAUGUAGUCAAUAGCUACCUGGAUGAGUGAGGUGUCUCAAAUAUUUUUCAGUACUGUAUUCUGAAGUGACCCCCCACCCCACUACUGUUUUGGGAUAAGCAUCCUGUUCUUAAGAUGAAUGGAGGGAAGGGGUUUUAAUCAACAGGGACGUUUUCUGCAUUUGAAUUGGUCCUUCAGAAGCUGGCAUCUUCUUUUGAGGCGACACCGAAGAGUUGCCUGGAGCAUGGACAUCUGAAGCCGGCAACAGAGAGAGAAGUCCGGCCUGAGGGAGGACUUUGGUUCUUUUUACCACCCCUCUGUGCGGCUGUGCAAAGAGCCCAGAAGCAUUUCCACGGGGCUUAUUGUGAGGGGACAGCUUUGCACUGGAUUGCGUCCAAGAUAUUUAUUGCAUUUUACCAGUGUUCUUGCACAGCUCCCGGCCAACUCCACGGGACCUUGUGUAGGAGAACUCCCAGCUGAGUGUCGCUGUUCACCUGCAGCUUUGUGCCUCAUGCCCUAGUGGCUGAAUCUAUAAACGCCCUAUUUAAAUGAAGACUGUAACUGAUUACAGCAGUUGAAACAUACUUGAGGCUCUUUGGCCAAUAAAUAAACCUGAACUGCUUUAGUUAGAUCUGUAGCUUUUAAUGGAUGAUAGAGUCUGAGGGGGAGGGCAGGCAAGGACAAGCCUCAGGGGGUGCCCUUUCCCUCGACAUUUGCCAGAUAAUAAGAUCCUUUAUAUUUGUUGUUUUCAAAUGAGCGAUCUUAUUUAAAUGUCCUUGUUUUAUGCUGUACUGCUAAGUGUAAAAAGAGUGUUCUGCCAUCAGUGUUACUUAAAUGGCUGAUUAUACCAAAACUAUGUUUGCAUUUAAACAUAAGGUACUACUACCAUGUUAGAUUCCAGCACCAUAGUAACAUAUUAAGCCUAGGAAAUUGUUUUUCUUUUUUUUCUUUUUUGCAAUGUAAUACUAUUCAGGGCAACUGGAACAUGUUUUGCAAGUUUAGAAGCUGCACGGAAUGCUGACAUCAGAGCUGUGUAUAUUCUGCAAUUCCACAGAUCAGAAAUGCAUAUAUAUAUGUUACUGAGGAUGGAAUGCCAAUUCCAGAGUAUCUUGGAUUUCAUUAAACAAGUUUUUAGCUCUCAUGGCUGCCAAGAUACAUUGCAGUGCAAUCAUUUGUAUGUCUACUUGAAAGCAAAUUCUAAUGAGCCCAAUGAGGCUUAUGCCCAGGUAAGUUUAUAUAAGUUUGCACCCUUAAAUGUGUGAGGGCAAUGCUUGCCAAAGCGUCAGAUUUCAGAACAAUUGCUCGACAACAUUUCUGCUUUUGUGAUAGGGCUUCAGUUGCAAAAGCAGAAUAAAUUUUGCAAAAUGUUUGUAUAGUUUGCAAAAUUGAUGGAGAACACAGAAUUUGACUUUUUUGGUGCUGAAUUUUUCACUGUUGGAAAUGCAGAGUGUGCGCAGCCCUGAGCAAAAUGCAAACUGCAAUUACAGCAUUGUUGCUUCCUCAAGAUUUUCUGGUGCUGUCACUCCAAAUGGAAAUCUGAAUAUUUAUGUUAUCUGAAGUUUAAUAAAAAAAUUAUUUGUUUCUUUAA